AAAAAUAUGGCUUUGCGUUAUGUAGUUGUGUCGUUUAGUCUAUUAUUUUACGUAAGGCAUUGUCUGUCAAUUGGCUUCUGCAGUAGAACUGAAAGUGCGAAAUCAAAUGUUGGUAUAUUCUACUACAAAGAAUAUUUUUGCUGUGACAAUUAUGAGGCUCAAAAAGAAGUAUGCCAUGAAUGUCCUACUGGAUUCACAUCAAAGGCAGGAUCUAAAUGUAUUCCUUGUCCAGGAAACACUUACGGACUGAGAUGUGCAGAACAUUGCAAAUGUCACGAUGAUGAAAGAUGUGAUCAUGAACACGGUUGUGUCAAGCUUGGCGAUGAAACCAUUACCAUCGACAAAUCAGAUGCUUCAACGAAUAAGAUAAUUUCGUAUGGUAUAGGUGGGGGCAGUGCAAUAAGUGCUAUAAUUCUUAUAGCUUUGUCUGUUUUCAUUUGCUGGAGGUAUAGGCUUAUGAAGAAAAAGGAGAGGCUCGACUCUAUUCAUUCCAAUGCACCGUUGACUCAACAGUCUAAUGUCUCGAACACGGUCGAAGACCAAUCAACUAUUAGCGAAGAGGCACAUGAUUAUGAAGAAAUUGAUGAAAUUGAUAUACCAUGUGAACCGAUUACAAGUAGUAACACUAAUGACUCCAAUGAUAACAGCGUCACUGAUGGAGCAGAUAAUGAAGGAUAUUUGCACCCUUAUCAUUCAUUAAAUUAUCCCGAUAUAAUUCAAGAAAAUGAUAAAGAAAGGGAAAAGAAUGAUAUCGAUAUGAAUAUCCAAGAAAAGUAUCAGUAUUCCUUGUCAGUAAAAGAUUAAAAAAGGGCUCAAAACCUGAAGAACUAGUUUCGGAAGAAGAUAUUAUUUAUUUACAAGUUAUUGAUAAACAAAAUAUGGAAGAUGAAGGUGACCAGAAAGCAGAGUCCAAUAAAGUUCUUUUCUUUUUAUGAUAGUAAACGAUGAUGUUUAAAAGAAAGAACAAUUUUAAAACCACUUUUUAUUGAAUUAGACCAAAAUACACUUCAAAAUUAAAGAAACAAUCAAUAUUGAUAUCAACAACAUAUUCUUAUAAAUAACAUGUUCAACCAAUGUAGAUUUUAAUAGGUUUGGUUUUUUUUAUUAAUGAAAUAAGUUAUAAUAAAAUGUGACCCUAAUUA